AUGAUCUUGGCAGCUGCUCUCAUCUUUGCUGUCGUCGCAGUCAAUAGUGCGACGGUGGCGACGCCACAGCCUCCCACACGGGUGGUGAAGAGAGCCUCGACCUGCACUCCAGUUGCUGGGCAAGGCAGCUCAAUCGAUGACACGCCAGCAAUCCAGUCCGCCAUUGCGAGUUGCCCCUCAGGAACCAUCGUCAUCCCCAAGUCCACCAUCUACCACAUCAACACCGCAUUUAGCUUCACGGGCUGCUCCGGAUGUACUCUGCAAAUCGACGGCACGCUGCAGGCGUCAUCCAACACGACCUACUGGGGAGGACGCCGGUCCAUAUUCCUCAUGGAUGGCAUUACUGGGGCUACUGUGUACUCCACCACAGGCACAGGAGUCAUUGACGGAAACGGACAGGCCGCCUGGGAUCUAUUCGCAGCUAAUUCAUCAUACAAACGACCAACACUCUUCUACAUCAACAACUCAAGGAAUGUGAAGGUAUCGAAUCUCCAUUUCAAAAGUGCCCCAAAUGUCUUUCACUCCGUCACUGGCGGCUCGAGUAACGUCUCUUACUCGAAUAUCACUCUGUACGCCGUCAGCGCCAGCGCCAAUGUUGCGCACAAUACUGACGGUUGGGACAUUGGCCAGUCGACGCAUGUGACCAUCGACGGCGCGGUUGUCACCAACGACGACGACUGUGUCGCCCUCAAGGCGGGCUGCAGCUACGCCACCGUCACAAACAUCAGCUGUACAGGCAGCCACGGUAUCUCCGUCGGUAGCCUGGGCGGUGGCGUAGGGAGCAAGGACACUGUUGAACACUGCCUUGUCAGGGGUGCGACUAUGAUCAACUCUGCCAAGGCGGCGGGUCUCAAGCUGUAUCCAGGGCCGCCAGAGCACGGCACGGCAGUGGUCUCCAAUGUUACGUUUGAGAACUUUGUCUUACAAAACACCGACUAUGCUUUCCAGGUACAAAGCUGCUACGGUGAGAACACUUCGUACUGUGAGGCCAACCCCAGCACGGCGCAGAUAGCAGAUGUGAUAGUUAGAAACUUUUCAGGGACGACGAGCACUCACUACUCUCCAAACGUUGCAAACCUUGACUGUCCCGCAGCCGGGACGUGUGGUCUGACUCUCAGCGAUAUCACUGUCACGCCUCCGAAAGGAUCGGCCGUAUUUCAGUGUGCCAACACGCCAAGUAAUCUUGGAGUGCCAUGCACUGAUGGUGCUAGUGGGUGA